CUGCGUGUUUCCGGAAGACGUGGCCGUUGUCGCCCUGCUCCUGCCGUUCGGCUCUUUCUCCUUCCCCGCCGUCGCCCCGCCGCCACCAUGAUCUCCCUCUCGGACACGCAGAGCAAAUGAAUCUUCCAUCCUGCUCUUGCCUAUCCAAUAUUUCUUGAACAACCUUGACCGACAGGCAGAGCUCAGAGAUAGAUACCGCCUACGAGUCCUGUGAAAACUGACAGCUGGCAGGAGACCCAAGCUAAUGUUUAACAGCCAUCAGCAUGUGUUAUAUGGAAGCAGCCUGCAGCAUUAAUCUGUGUUGCAUUUAAUCCGGAAGUUGGGAAAAUGGGAUUGCCAUGCAUGUAACAUGGAACGUGAGGUCUCAGGAGGACGAGAGAUCGGAAUGGGUUUAACAGGUUUUGGAGUGUUUUUCCUUUUCUUUGGAAUGAUACUCUUCUUUGACAAAGCUCUUCUUGCUAUUGGAAAUGUUUUAUUUGUGGCUGGCUUGGCUUUUGUUAUUGGUUUAGAAAGAACAUUUAGAUUCUUCUUCCAAAAACACAAAAUGAAAGCAACGGGCUUUUUCCUGGGUGGUGUGCUGAUAGUUCUGAUUGGUUGGCCUUUAAUAGGAAUGAUUCUUGAAAUUUAUGGGUUCUUCCUAUUAUUCAGGGGGUUCUUUCCUGUGGUGAUUGGCUUUAUUAGAAGAGUUCCAGUCCUUGGUUCUCUCUUGAAUUUACCUGGUAUAAGCUCGCUUGUAGAUAAAGUUGGAGAAAGCAACAACAUGGUAUAAUGACAAGAGGGCAGAAGACUGAUUCUAAACUUAUUGUAUUAUUUAUAAAAUCCUUUUGAAGAAUACUCAGCACAAAGAUUAAGUUGUGUACAAAGGAAAGGCUUGUAACAUUCUUUACAUAACAGUUUAAAUUAAAACGUAUAGUCGACAGUAUACAUUAGAAGCUGGGCAAGUAUGCUUCUAGGAAAAGUAACUCCAGAGUUCAGGAAGUAAACUGAAGAGGUGAAAGUCAUGGAAUAACUCACAUUACAACUGUUCAAGACUGUGUUUGUUGGUUUUGGAAAAGGUAAUGAACCCUUCCGGAUUUAAAGGUGCCUGUACUUUACCUCCUCAUUGUGAAGGUGCAGUAGAGCAAACAGGCCUCCAUUUUUAAGGUCACUCCAACUUCUCCAACCUUCCUCUUGUUACCCUCAGAAUGCAAAACAAACAAACCAAAAAAAAAAAAAAAAUAA